UUGCAGCUUCAUUUUAUAAUGAUUUAUAAGAUAUUGGUGUUAACUAUUUUAUAUUGUAUUGUAAUUGUGUAAAACAUUUAAUUAUUAGAAUCUUAAAGCUCCGAUUGGCAUGUAUAAUGCUGUUAGUUAGCCAUAACGAUAGAAUUUCGAAUUUUUACUGCAUAUCUAAUGAAUAGUAUUAGCAAAAAGUACUUUCAAACAAUAGUGAAUCAAGAAGUGUUGAUACUAAUAAUUAUACCAACGAAAUAUUUUGAAGUUGAUUCAUCAGAAAAAUGGCUAAGACGUACGAUUACCUCUUUAAGUUGCUAUUAAUUGGUGACUCCGGCGUAGGAAAAACGUGUAUUUUGUUUCGAUUUUCAGAAGACGCAUUUAACACCACCUUUAUAUCAACCAUAGGUAUCGACUUUAAGAUUAGAACAAUUGAAUUUGAUGGGAAGAAAAUUAAACUUCAAAUAUGGGACACCGCAGGCCAAGAACGUUUUCGGACAAUAACAACAGCGUAUUAUAGAGGUGCUAUGGGUAUCAUGUUGGUAUACGAUAUAACGCAGGAAAAAUCCUUUGAAAAUAUUAAAAACUGGAUUCGCAACAUAGAAGAAAAUGCGUCCGCUGACGUAGAAAAGAUGCUUCUGGGUAAUAAAUGUGAAUUAACUGAUAAGCGUCAGGUUUCUCGAGAGCGAGGUGAGCAACUGGCUAUAGAAUAUGGAAUAAAAUUUAUGGAGACAUCUGCUAAAGCUAGUAUCAAUGUGGAAGAAGCUUUCCUAACAUUGGCCAGCGACAUUAAAGCGAAAAUGGAGAAGCGUUUGGAAGCAAAUAAUCCCCCAAAAGGUGGUCAUCAACUAAAAUUCGCGGAGACUCGGAAAACGGAAACUUGGCUUUCGAAAUGUAAUCUGCUUUGACGAGGUCAUAUUCGCACACCAUAAUAUAUAAAUAAUUCUCAGAUGUUUAAACGUUAAGUGGGUUUUAUAAUAAAAAGAACUUCUAUUAAGGAUUUCAAUAAUUUACAAUAAAGUA